GCGGCGGUGGUCGCGACUGCUCCCUCGCGGCCCCGCGUUUCACACGCGCGCGCCCGGCGAAUAUGCGGCCUUACGGGAUUGCCUGCUCAUUGCCGGGCAAUUCCCGCCUCGCUCGUCUUCGUUGAUCUCGCUGUACGACCGCGGUCGACAACGCCGAAGACAAAGGAUAGGGCGUCUUUACUGCCCGAAAAACAUUGAAACUGCGCAGCCAGUUCAGUUCUCUCUCUGCACGCACGCUUGUGUUGUUCACAUUUAGAGCCAUGCGACUGGGAUACUGUGGCAUCGUGAAGUCUGCUGCCGCCGUUGUGGCCGUUUGGAUGCUCUUGUGCAUAAUCGCGAUCCGGACGGCGAGUGGCGUUCAAAUCGUGCGGUUAUCAGUGCCCACGUGGGUGGAGAACGGCACCGAGGACUCAGUGCUAUUGGACUGCGAGUAUGCGUACACGGAGCGAGACGACUCGCAGCUGGUGGUCAAGUGGUUCCUCAACGACGACCCGAAGCCCAUCUACCAGUGGAUACCUGAGCUGGAGACGCGCCACGUCUCGCAGAGGCUCAAGGGGCGCCUCAAUACAGACUUCACGGUCACCGCCAAUCACUUCACCAAAUUCCGCGCCCUCAACCUCUUGCGCCCCACUACCGAGCUGAGUGGCCGGUACUCGUGUCACGUGACUUCCCACAGUAGCCAGGACCAAAAGUCUCAACUCAUGACCGUCUAUGCACGUCCAAAGCACUUUGUGUUCAACUACUCACGAGCCGCCGAGGAGUCGGCGACGACGUUUGUGUGCGAGGCGACGGGCGCAUUUCCUCUGCCCACGCUGUCGCUGUACCAGCUGGACGAAGGUUCGUCCGCAUCUCUUCCUCGUCGCCACGCCCUCGCACCUACGCAGCGGGUGACGCCCAGGCAGGACGGGUCCUACGUCACUCGCGUCUCCAGCCAGGUGCCCGACGAGCAAUUCUCGCGAUCCGGCCGGCACUUGUUCGUGUGCCUGCUCUCCAUACCGGGCACGGACUUCAAAAAGCAGCGCCUCAUCGAGUUCUACCCAGAAUACUACAUCGACAGCGCCGAUUGCCGAGGGAUGAGUUGGCCUGUCGCCCUCGCUAUGCUUUCAGUUGCCUGGACUUUACGAUAAUGUCCACCAGGGUCCAGCCACGAGCUUCCCGUGAUCUGUUGAGACCAAGUCCUCUGCGUUCGGAAAAAGUUACUCGCCCAGAUUGAAUGAAGAGAAUCAUUGUUCAUUCAUAUCGCGCCAAACCGAACGGUAGUAUGAGGGCGUUUGGGAAGAACCGAAGCAGCGUUAGAGGCGCCGCUACCUGCAGCAUUGACUGCUGAGGGACACGACAGCCAAUAUUGCUGGAAGAGGAGAGAGAGAGAGGUGGAAAGAGACUGCUUCUAACAGAAGAAAGAACAAUGCACACCAUGUUAUUUGUGUUUAUCUUCUCGCCCCUGUACUUCUACGAAGUGUUUCCGCAGAAUAUAAGCUAAGAGCAUAACAACGUGGCUCUGUAAAUAUUAUAGCGCCUUGUUAAAGCGAUAAAAAGGUAAGUUAUGCAGAAACGAAAAUAAAAAUAUCCUAUUUAUUAUGA